AGCAACCAUGUGUUUGAACAGCGGCUACCCAUGCAGUUGCCUACCUGAUGGGGGCCCAUGCGAGCCCUGCAGGACCAAACCCGACAUGCAGGGACACGCGCACUUGCCAGGCGCCAUCAGCUCCGAGACCCUGGCCAAGCCCAGUCCUACCACGAAGGAACGGGACAGAAACUGGGGAUGGAUUUUGUCCGGUGUCAUUUUCAUCAACAUCCUCAUGCUAGGGAUCGCUCUGGUGAGCGGCAGCGCCUAUGAGCAUGUGGACAUCAGCAUGUCGGACCUGCAGGUUUUCCUCGUUGUCAUCCUCAUCCUCACCUGCAUUUGGAUGAUCUACUACAUCAUCUUCACAGCCAGGAUUGAAAAUGCCGUGGCUUACAGGGACGGGCAUGCCGGCCCCGUGUGGCUCAGAGGAGGAAUGGUGUUGUUUGGAUUGCUCAGCAUCAUCAUGGACAUUUUCAAGAUAGGGACUUAUGUGGGCUACCUUCACUGUGAGUCGGCCAUCUACGUUGUCUUUCCUGUGGUGCAACUUGUUUUCAUUAUUGUGCAGACGUACUUUAUGUGGGUCCAUGCCAAGGACUGCGUGCAGCUCCAAAGGAACCUUACACGCUGCGGGCUGAUGCUCACCCUCUCCAUUAAUCUCGUGUUGUGGAUGGCGGCGGUCACAGACGAGUCACUUCACCAAACAUCUCACCCAGAAGAAGAGCAUCAUGAUAACGACACGCAUGAAAUUGAGGACAAUCACAGCAACGAUACGCAUAAACUCUCUGGACGGAGCAUGUACAGCAGAGCGAGUUCCAGUGAAGGCGACUGCAAGUGCAGUCACACUUCAUGCAGCCUUUUCCAAGAGGCCUACUUCUACUUGUAUCCCUUCAACAUCGAGUACAGUCUCUUCGCCUCGGCCAUGGCCUACGUCAUGUGGAAAAACGUUGGUCGACUCGCAGAAGCACGCGGCGCGCACCACCACAGCCACGCCCACAAAUUCCAUCUGAAGGACGCACUGGCCGGCCCCUUGGUGGGAGUCCUCCUGGUGUUUGUGGGUCUGGCGACUUUCAUCGUGUAUGAAAUGAAUAUGAAGAAGGCGGACGACACUGAAAAGCGAGACCAAGCGCUCAUAAUCCACUUUGUCACAAACAUAGUCAUCGUAGCCCUCAUGCUGGUGGCCACCCUCAUCGGUGCCACCAUCUACAAGUUGGACCGCAGGGAACACGAUUCUGAGAAGAACCCCACCCGUAGCCUGGAUGUAGGCCUCCUGGUGGGAACCUCCAUGGGCCAGUUCAUCAUUAACUACUUCACCAUCGUCGCCAUGAUAGCGUCCGGAGCACCAGGCCUCCUGAACAGACUCAAUCUGACCUGGGCUAUCCUGAUGGUGCUCCAGAUCGGCCUGCAGAACUUCUUCAUCGUUGAGGGUCUUCACAGGGAGCCUUUCCACGAAGAGGAGCACCAUGAGUCCGUCCAUGUGGUGGCAAAUUCCUACGUGCUGGAGAACUACCAUAAAGAUGUGAGUACCCUGGAAGGAUCGCAAAUAAGCUUCAAGCCCAGCCCGCACGUGGCACCAGUGAGCCCGUUUGGCGUGCCGCACUACAGACACAAGCUGACGUGGAAGAGGCGGGUACUGAAGGAGGUCUCUGUCUUUCUGCUGCUGGCCAACAUCAUUCUGUGGAUCAUGCCUGCAUUCGGGGCUCGCCCCCAGUUUGACCACCCAGCCGAAGCAGAAUUCUACGAUUUCAACAUGUGGGCUGCAAUCGUCAACGUUGGACUUCCUUUCGCCAUCUUUUACCGCAUGCACUCAGUGGCCAGCCUCUUGGAAGUGUUUGUCAACUCCUAAGAGAACAGCCUUUGUCAUUUAUGCAAUCUGUUUUAAUCUCUUAUCCUAUUCAGGGUACCAGCCUAUCCUGGCUGACCUAAAGAAAAGGGGUGUACACCCUGGACUAAUAUCAUAAGGCUGACAUGAGAUGGACAACCCUUCACCCUCAAGCUUUGGGCCAUUUUUGAGUGUUCAGUUAAGAUAUGAGAGUGUUUUUGGAUUGUGGGAGGAAGUACCUGGAAACCCACUCAAGCACAGCAGAACAUGCCACAAACCGCUGUGCUGGCCCACCCAACUCUUUCUUUCAUACCAAUGUGAAAUUAUUUUUUCUCAUGACUAAUAUUUCUUGUAAAGUUGUGACUGAUGCUAUUACAUUCAUGUUUUUUAUGAAGGAAUAAAAUUAUUUUACCAUGUAAAUGUUUAAUAAUUGUCACA